UGGACCCUCAGAGGGGGCAGGGUGACUCAGUGGGUCAGCCCCUUCCCCCUGCUUCUCUUUAUGGCUCACUCUCUCCAGCAUUUAACCAGCUAGAAACUCAAUCUCAGAAACUUUGACUCAAGAAUUUCUUGGACACGAACUGAAACCUUCAAGAGGAACUUUGAAACUAACAAGAACAAUAAAACAAACAAAGAAUAGUUCACUGAAUGUCCUUCCAUUUUCUCCUGUGGGGAAGGUUUUAGUGUAUUUUUAGACCCGCUGUGAUCCAGGUUAACACAAUUGCUGUGCGUUUUUUGCUGCCGAAUUCGAGUGUUGCCUCCAUAGUCUUUUUCUCACAAUCAACUGGGGCCAAGGAGGAUUUAACGAAGGAGAUACAUGCAUGUUUCUAUGGUAACAGUACAUUUUCCAAGCCUUUCAAGGACUGAAGGUUAUCCCUGAACAUCCAGCAAAUUCAAAGUCCAAGCUCUCUUCCCCAAUGAGCAGUCAAACCAACAGCGGGGAGGCGGUCCCUCCAGCUCGGACCAAUCAGAGGACAUUUUUGGAUGAUGUCAUUUUGACCUUUACUUCACCGAUGGCCUGGCUGCUGGUUGUGGCUCUGAUCAUCACAUGGGCGGGAGUUGCCAUUGUUCUCUUUGAUCUGCUUGACUAUAAAACUCUGGCAGCUCUCCGUCCAGUCGAAGGUCAGCACUGUCAAGACGGCUUGCUGUUGAUCAACGGUACAAAUUCGCAGGUCAAAGUUUCUGAAAAGCGACAUUUGGGUCUCCCUCCUCCUUCUGCCAUCGCUAAGAGAGGUUUGAAGGCUAGAGGUGGCGUUCGUCCAAUAAGAUCAAGCCCUGCUGGAGUCCCUGGUGAGGUCACAGCUCAGGAGAGCACUGAUUGGUUGGCGAUGGUAUGGACUUUUGCAGCCAGUUUGGUAGCUCCUGAUGAGGAGGAGGAAGGUAUUCACCAGCUAACUGAAACCCUCACAUCCUUCCACUCUGAGGAGCUCUGAACAAGAGGAGUGGGGAGAGAGGACAAGAAUGGACAAGUAUGAAGAGCUGGAUAGAGGAAGAAAAGGCAAAAAGAGAUGGGUGUCUGUCUGAAGUGGAAGAGAGAAUGCAAAGAAACAGAAGGAGGAGGAGGACGUACAGUUUAUCACAGUUAUGUUUAUUUCUGUCUGUCUGUUGUUAACUGGAAUUCUAUGAAUAAAAACUGUCAAUUUGAAA